AGGGGGAUUUCAGACAAGUAGAGCUGUAAAUCCCUAAAAAAGCGAUAUAAUUGUACAACAACCCAAUUAACCAGUACAAAAAAUAAAAAUAUUCAAUCUGCGAUUGCAACAGUUAUAUGCGAGGACGGAAGAAUGGUUUAUAUGCAGUUGAUAAUGGGCAUCGGCUGCGUAAUUGCAGCUGCAGCCGCUGCAAUUUAUUUUAGUAUGCCUGCAAGGGUGUCCUCUUAUCAGUCCAACACUGGCAGACGACCCAAUGACGGCGACGAAAGCAACGAUUGUGGAAGACAAAGCAAAAAAGAUGGCAAAGCGCAGCGUUUUCGUGCCAGCGAACCCGGCGACAAGUGCAUCAUUUGCCUAAAGGAAAUGACAGCCCACACGAUGCAUAUAAUGAACUGCGGUCAUGCGCUGUGUCAAUUUCCAUGCUUUGCACAAUACCGCGAGUGGGAUCGCUACUGUCUGUAUUGCAAAAAGCUUGUAAUACGCAUCAACGUGCCCGGCGACGACUGCUGCAUCUGCUGCGAGCCCAUGUCGCCAAAGACCAUUCAGUACUUGCCGUGUGAGCACGCUCUACACAAAAUAUGUCUGGAGUCAUAUAAGAAAGAAAACUACAAAACUUGUCCCCUUUGCUCAAAGAAACUUUAACGACUUUAUCAACUAAAGCAA